AGGUAGAGCUGGCAGGGGUAGGUGGGCUGUAGGAGUGGCCUGUGUGGGAGAGGGCCAUUGAAGUGCCCUAAGUGCCCUAUACCAGUCACAAUUACUUACAGCCAGCUCAAAAUCUGAUGGAAAAUCCAUUUUAAUGUAUUUUAAUGUUUUUGUUUGGUUAGAUUCACAAUUCCCCAGCUGCUGGUGACCAGGAAACAGAAUUGGCUUGCUUUUUAUUCGAACUGUGUUCAUGCUUACAUGUGCUUUGUUGCAUGACAGGUUUUUUGACAUCUACUCCACACUUCCUACAGCAUCACCCCAGGUUCUCACUCAGUUCACGUGACUCAUUACACAAGCCAGUGGGAGCUGCAUGUGUUCUCUGGCACCAGUGACUUGCACAGAUACAUGUAAGCAUGCAAGAGAAAUCACCUGUAGCUGUACCUUAUCAUCAUCACUACUAUGACUCAUUAGACUGUUAAUUACUUCAUCUGAGCAGUCUUAGCUCUCAACCAAGUAGAGGCUAUUUGAAGCAGUACGGUUGGAGAGAAGAUUGAGUGCAGACCCAGAACCACAGGCAAACUCCAACCAGCAGUACUACGCUGAGUUCCUUUAAAUUCACAAUGGCACCCUGGAAGAGAUCACGUAAGCUUGCACUGUUAAUCGUGAGCACAGGGUUUGUGUGUUAUCUUGUGCACUUACUGCAAGAUCAAAGAAAGAGAAGACCUGAUUCCUUGGAAGUAAAUCCUCAAUCUCUGAAGAAAGAAAACACCAUCCUUCAGAGACUGGACCAUUUGGACUGGGACAUUCAUAACCUCUCAAAAUCAAUGGAAGCAUUACAUGAGAAUGUAAAACAAAUAGAACAUGAUCUGAAGCUGCAAGAUAACUCCAAGGCUGAAAUCCACAAAGCUGAUAAUGCAAAGGAGCAAAAGAAGGUUGCACACCGUUUGCUGUACCCAGACUCAGUUUUGUUCCAACGCUGGGGUGCAGAUUUAAGUGAAGAUGAGCAAACUAUUGCACAGAAUCUCUUCUUAAAUUAUGGGUAUAAUGUUUAUCUCAGUGAUCGACUACCUCUGGAUAGACCUAUCAGAGACACCAGAUCUCCCAGCUGUAAAAUGAAAACAUACCCGAAGGACCUUCCAACACUUAGCGUUGUACUUAUAUUUAUGAAUGAAGGACUGUCAAUCAUCUUACGUGCAAUCACUAGUAUAAUUAACAGAACACCUGCUCAUUUACUGAAAGAAAUCAUCCUGGUAGAUGAUUACAGUUCAAAUGAUGAUCUGAAAGGACCUUUGGAAACAGAAGUCAAAAAUUACAAUGCAAAGCAUUCGGAACUGCUGAAGAUCAUCAGACAUCAGAAAAGACAAGGCCUAACACAAGCCCGGAUUUCUGGCUGGGAGGCAUCAACUGCAGAUGUUGUUGCAAUUUUGGAUGCCCAUAUUGAGGUGAACAUGGCAUGGGCUGAACCUAUUCUGUCUCGACUAAAAGAAGAUCGCACUAUUAUAAUAUCACCAGUAUUUGACAAUAUUCGUUUUGAUGACUUUGAGCUUCUUCAGUAUUCAGUGGCUGCAGAUGGAUUUGACUGGGCACUCUGGUGCCUUUAUGAACCUUUACCAGCUGAAUGGUUUGCUCUGAAAGAUGAAACAGCUCCAGUCCAAAGUCCAUCUAUAAUGGGGAUUAUUGCUGCAGAUAGGAAAUUUUUGGGUGAGAUUGGUGUACUGGACAGUGGAAUGCACAUAUAUGGAGGAGAAAAUGUGGAACUUGGCCUAAGGGCCUGGCAGUGUGGAGGUAAAGUAGAAGUGCUGCCCUGUUCAAGAAUUGCUCAUUUGGAAAGAGCUCACAAGCCUUACUUGCCGGACUUGAGCAUUGCUGUAAAACGCAACGCCUUGCGGGUAGCGGAGGUGUGGAUGGAUGAUUACAAGUACAUGGUCUACUUUGCAUGGAAUCUUCCAAUUGAGAAUCCUGGAAUAGACUUUGGAGAUGUUUCUUCCAGAAAGGACCUAAGGAAAAAACUGAACUGUAAAGGCUUUGACUGGUACAUAAAGAACAUUUACCCUAAUUUAAUAUUUCUUCCCAACAUUGUUGGUUAUGGAACAAUGAAAAACACAUUGAAAGAAGACAUCUGUAUUGAUCAAGGCCCUGUCCCUGGAAACACACCAAUUAUGUAUCCGUGCCAUGCAUACUCACCACAGCACAUCUUUUAUCACAGCACUGGAGAAAUGUAUGUAGGAGGUUUACAAGCCCGACGGAAUACAGGUGAUAGAUGCCUAACAGACCCUGGGAAUGGGGACCAGCCUGUUUUAGAGAAAUGUGACAUAGCUGUGAAUAAAGGUCUGAACUUGCACUGGGAUUUUAGGCAGGGAUCGGCUGUAAUCAACAGGAGCACUAAAAGAUGCCUCGAAAUCGCAGCAGACAAUCCAUAUUCAUAUAGACUUGUAAUGCAGACCUGCACAGGACAAAGGUGGAAUAUCCAGCACACGGUUAAGGACUGGGGAAAGACAAAAGACCUGCAACGGAAGGCACAGCACUGACUGGAGGAUGUUCUUCCUUGAAAACUGCUAUGCUCAUAAUGCAGCACUGAAAGCAGUGCUGCUUUCAAGAGUUUAUUUACACAUGAUUUUCCAAGGUAGUAGUUACUGCAGGAACUACUUGCAGUCUUGGGGCAUCACCCCCCGAGUUUCCUCAGUUAGGAAGGGAACUGUCUUUGCUCUUUUAUUGUCACUGGAGAGCAGUAGUUACAUCUAAGGGUCUUUCAACCCACCUGAGUGCCUUAUGUUGUCCUUUGGAAGUGCCUGGGUACGCAUUAAUGAAAGACUGGUGUAAGAUCUCUAACUUUCUACCUUUGGCAUUUUGGUUAGAUAUGAAAAUUUAGAAGAAAUGAAAGUGGGUCUGACUUCUUCUUGCACAUGGUUUAUCUCAGGCUGAAUUAGACCAUUUUUGGGUCAUAUAGUUAAUGCAAAACUUCUUGUCAAGAUGUACUCGUGUGAAUGGCUGAAAUGAAAUACAUCCUUGUUCUCCUGUAAAUAUAAUUUUCCUGGACAUGAUUCAGUUUCUCAGUAAAGUUUAUUAGAUUCAGCAGUGUGACACACUAAGCCUGCAUUGUGUUUACCUAUGUGAAAUUAGUUUGCACCAACCAUGUGACGACAUGGAUAAAAUUCAGUCAAGUGCUUGGAAACAAGGAGAUUGACCUCAGUAGUUGCCACAAACCAGUACGAGUCCAAUACAGUAACACAUCUAUCAAAGAAACAGUAAAAUAACAGCAUGAGUUGCUAAUGGAAGGCAACUUCCAAGUAGACAGGAUAUGAGCUCUUGUAGAAAUAGGGUUAGGUGGAACUGGUUGUCUUAAUUCUUAGAGUAACCACUCCUAGGACUUACACUUGUUUGUUAAAGGGAGCUCCUGUAAAGUAAACUCAUUGAAGCUAUAUAGAGUUUCAGCCUGAAGUAAUUUUGUUAUCAAAAAGGUGCCAAACAUUUUAUCCAAGUAGAAAGUGUAUUCAGGGUUUGUUUGACUAUUUGUUUGAGUCUAACCCAAUAUUAUUUGGUUUUUAUCUUUCUAAUUUCUCUGUAAACUAAAUGUGAACAAUCUGGCCCUGAUAUUCAGGAUUGGAAAUGGACAAGCUCUGAAAGGAAGGUCCUUAGGAUCUGUAUUUUUCUGCUCCAGAAACUCAUUCUUAAAAAUGCCACAUUUUAACCAGAUUGAAUUUAAAUUUCUAAAAUCCACUUUUAUUCCCUGUCCUGAAUCAAAGCCAAAGACACUGAAGAAAGAGGAAUUUCUGGUUGUUUUCUGCAUCUUCAAUACUGUGUCUUACUGAAAUCACAGGACUACCAUUUUGACAAGCACAAUGAAGACAGUCAGAAUUUUGCCAGUACAACUGAAAUGAUAAUCUGGCCUAGUGGUGAUGAUUAAUAAAAAGUGUUUACAUAUGCUUUUUCCAUCUUAAUAUGCCACUUCAAUAGAAUGUAAUAGACAUAUGUUUUGGACAAUUUUGGUUUGAACUUAGAGUUUGAAAGAACAUCAAAAUGCUCCAGAAUGUCUAGGUUUCCUGGUUCUUAAUGUGUGGCCUCUAGUCAUACACAGGGUUCAACACUGAAACAAGAUGCUUCAAAUAUUUUGAUUUAUCUCAAGUAUAAGUCUUUUUAAUUUCCUGAACCCCCCUCACAAAUGUGACUUUUUUGGCCAGUUUUUGUAAUGAGAAGAGAGAGUAGCCAUAAGAGAUGGACUUCAAUUUUCUGGUGAUGCAUAAUGGGACAUAAAUAAUAACUCCAUGUUUUUGGUGCUACAGUAGUAAUAUAUUACUCUCACUAGUAACACUUUUGAACUCGAAAGUUCACUGUGUGAUGAAGCAAUUGAUGUGUGAUUCCUCAGCAAGGAAGCAAUGGAUGUAGGACUCUACUGCCAUGCUGUAAUACAAGAAGACAGCUAUGGCUGUGGCAUAGCAUGGAAUGGGAUCUACUCUUGCCCUGAAAACCAGUCAUUGGCUGAAUUUUCAGAACUGCAGAAAAUCACCUCAGCUCCUGCAAAAUGACAUGAGAGUGCUGAAGACAGGUAGUAAAAAUAACAUAAUAGGCAGGAGUUUUAAUGGAUGUGUGGCCACAAAGGAGUGGGACAGCUUAACUCAGAGCAAAUAUAAACAAAAGCACCGAGUUACCUACUACCAUGCAGGUAAGCCUUAGUGGAAUGGGUAGAACAGUAGUGCUUUUCUCCU